AUAUGACACUAGAUAAACUGUUUGACCAAAAUAUUAAAUCAAAGUUUGUUUAAUAUAAUUCCGUUAUAAUCCAUUGUUGGUAUUAUAGAUACGGAAAUACAUUAAAGAAAGUGAAAGUUUAAACGGAUGAUUUACAAUAUGAGAAAUACCUGAUGUGGGCUUAUUGAAAGUAACUUUAAAAGUAAUCGGAGUAAAUAAAAGAAUUCUUAAUUAUACUUUCCCUUCAAUAAUCUAAAUGAAAAAUGUAACUCAAUUUAUUAAAAUUAAAUAGAUAGUAGAAUUUAAUUUCAUAAAAAAUUUAAAUAGAAUAUAAUUACAAAAAAAUUCUAGAGAUAGUUACGUAACAUAUUAAGGUUCUUAUUUAAAUAAUGUAUUAUCGUUUUAAUUUAUAUAAUUUAAAAAAAAAUUGUGCAAGUAGAAACUUGCACAUUGCUUCCUCAUAGCUUUUAAGUGUAAAAUUAGAUUUGCAUAUUACUUUCUCAUAAUUUUUAAGUAUACAAUUUAGAAAUUUGCAAAUGUGACUUUUUCUUUUUGGCUUCCUCAUAGAGGAAGCUUUAUAUAUCAACAAACGUACAUUUCUUUAUCCAAUUUUGUUUGCAUUCUACAUAAUUUUGUUUGUAUUAAAAACUCCUUUUUUUCAAGUCUCAAUAAUUAAGACUUCUUAAAAUGAUGUUUUUCAAUUUAGAAUUAAUUAAUGACCAUUUUUCUAAAUCUUUCAAAAUCUUCAGUUUUUUCUACCCGUAUUUCAUAUAAAUUUCGUAAAGAAAUGGUUAAUCAGAUCUGAAGUUAUAGAAAUUCAGUAAAUUUGGCACAUACAUACAUACAUACACACAUACCGACAUUUUAGAAAAUUGCGUUUUUACGACGUUUAAGAACAUUCUGGACACAUUGGCAAGAACAACUAAAGAAAGAAAUUUUAUACGAAAACAAAGCUUCCUCUAUGAGGAAGCAAAACUGCCAUCUCAAUUUUUAACGUUUGCAUACUGCGGAUAUCUCGCCGAAUAUGAAAGUUUUGAAAGCAAUCGAGUACAAUGGAAUAAUCUCAGGCGUCCUGCAUCGAUAGCCCACAUUUUCUACGUGAAACGUAAUCGUUACGGUUAAAGAGGAAGCUUAGAUCGAUGUUAUUACCAUACUUAUAACGAUAUCUACCAAACUACACUUUCACGCGGUCAAAUAUGAGGGCGGCCCGCAGCUUUUUUUUUUUUAUUUUGCCGGAGACCCUACCCGGUGUCACCUCAUUUUCGUUCCGAUCACGACGCGGUAACGAUGGGCUCCCUCAUCAUUGUUUUAACAGCCUUCGCCGUAUAUUGCAGUGGUAAACAACUAUUCGACGCUCGAGCGAGAUAUUUCGAUUAUGUGGUCACGUCGUCCAAUUCAUCUCCCCGAUCUUCCAACGAAUCUUUCUGUUGCAGAGGUGUACUGUGACACACUUCCGACUAAAGUCGCUAGAUCAGAAGACACCGUGCUCCCGGAGAGAAACAACAGUCAUGCGAUUGAGAAGGAAAGCUUUUGGAAAAAUCUCAAUCUAUCGAGACAUAAACCGACGAAGGUGGAGGAAUUGAGGAACCUGAGCAGCACGAACAGCAAGGCGGACAACAGGAAAGGGCGAUUUCUAAGUAGCUUGGCCUUUCUAACUGGCCUCAGCUUCGGCGGAUUAGCCACCGCGGCGUCCUCCACCGUGAAGAGUAUCGCUAAGAUGCCACAAGCAUUCAGUAUAAACCUAGGCUCUUCGAAAAGUUCACCGUACUUCGCCGCCUAUUACAGUCAAUAUCCAUAUGCUCCCUUAUUACCUUAUCCGUUCUUUUAUCCCGGCGCGCUCGCCCUCGCGUCGACGAGCGACGCCGCGAAACCCCAGACCCCGCAAGGCGAUCUAAUACCGCAAGUGAUAAGCCUUUUUGACAAUCGAUCGAUCGAUCUCGUGGAGAACAACGAAGACUAUACGGACCCGGAGAGGUUCAACGCGGGCAAUGGGGCUGACGAUCGCAAGAGGUUGCGAACCGAAGCCAAUCGAAACGCGGAAGAGAAGGGCACGAUAGGCAAGUGCAAGGAGUUCCAACGGAAGCAUAGCAACGCCUUGAAAGAAACGGCCAGAGAGCGUGAAUAUCUCCAAACGAAUGCCGCCGAUUUUCAAACAAUCUUGAAUUUUCGAGUUGCGAAUCAGACCGUACUAGAUAAUGCAACUACGAUAGCACCUGAAAAUAGAACUCAUCACCAUCAUCACCACCAUCACCACCAUCAUGGUCAGUAUGGUCAAUAUGGUCAUCCUCAUAAGGAACAUCCGCACUUCUCAGGAUACUAUGGUGGGUAUCCACAGAAUAUACAUCAUGUAGAACUCACAACAUCGCAACCGUACAGUCAGGUCAGCUACAACGUUCCGCCAUAUGAACAACCCGCUAAUUUUUAUCCCGACGAUAAAUACAAUGCUUAUCCGAGCAUUAAUCACCCAAAUAACCCGGUAAAGCUGGGAGAAGGAAUUCCGGACUAUGAACGAAAGGCCCUCAAGUGA